AUGGAGCCCCGCAAAACCCCUCCAGAGUACUUCCUGGAGAUCUUCGCCGACACCACCUCAGUGCACGAUGUAUUGAAAGGUGUUCUGAACCUCAUCUUCUUCCACCGCUAUUUCCCCUCUAUUCGCCCUGUUACCUUUGAGGUUCUUGAUUUCACCUUACCAGCGAUUAAUGAUGCGGAUCUGGAAACUCUGAUUGAGUCCCGUGUCAGUACCCUUGUUCGGAAUCAUCUUUCUUCUGCUGCGGAGACCGAGGAUGGGAAGAAUGGCAGCGGUGGAGGUGUACGGGCACGAAUUGCAGUAGAGUUCUAUGAGAAGAAGAGACGUCGCUCCGGACUUUGGUUCGGCGGGUUGGCUGGGAAGGGAGAGGAGGAGGUCUGUUGGGAGAUUUGGACGCUGGAUGUUACCAUUGCGACGCCACGAACUGAGUCUGAGAGAUCUAAGGUCUGGAAAGCGAUGAAUAACAUGCUUCACAAAGCCGCCCUUAAGAUUCUGGCCAUUGUGAAUCGCGACAAGGAUCAUAUCCCGCCUAUCACCACUACCGAUUCGAACCCUUUUCCCUACCGCAUUGUUGUUAACCCUCGGACUGAUAGCUGGGGCAAUCGCAUUGGCUUUUAUUAA